AUGUCAACACUGAAGCGGGGUUUUCUUGGCGAGUAUUCGGCGACCAAACAACAAGCGACCCAGGAGGCCAGCGCCGUUCAAAAUACGGUCGCCGAAGAAUGCGCCCAGGCUGGCAAAGACCCUCCGCCAUAUGAGCUCUUGGAAUUGAUCGGCAAGGGAAGUUUCGGUCGUGUGUACAAAGCCACUAGCACUACGUCCUGGCAGGCCGUCGCCGUUAAGAUCGUCAGCAUAGACGAUGGAGAUAGCCUCGAACCUGGCAGGGCAGACACGUUCAGCGACAUUCUCAAGGAGGUCCACACACUCAAGCUUCUUGGUGAGAGCGGCGCGAAGAACAUUAACACAGUCAUCGAUACCCUGCUUGUUGGCCCUACCAUAUGGAUCAUCACCGAAUACUGUGCCGGAGGCAGCGUGUCCACACUGAUGAGGCCGACUGGCGGGCUGACCGAGAAAUGGAUUAUUCCCAUCUUGCGGGAAGUUGCUGAAGCCGUCUACUGGGUCCAUAAGCAAGGUGUCAUCCAUCGGGACAUCAAGUGCGCCAAUGUUCUCAUCACCGAAGCUGGAGGUGUUCAACUCUGCGACUUUGGCGUUGCGGGGAUUCUUGAAACAAAGUUCGACAAGAGGAGCACUGUGACCGGAACGUUGCACUGGAUGGCCCCCGAGCUUUUUGACUCUACUGUUUCAUACGGUUCCGAGGUUGACAUUUGGGCCUUUGGUUCGAUGGCUUACGAGAUGGCUACUGGGCUGCCACCAAAUGCGGGCCCAAUCGUUGAAAUCUCACAGUUCGGUUCAUACCUGAAGCAACAUUGCCCUCGUCUCACAGGCGAUCAGUAUUCGGCUCAACUAAAGGACCUUGUCGCGUCUUGCAUGGUGGAGGAUCCGUCCCAGCGCCCUCAGAUUGAACGGGUUCAGCUGCAUCCGUACAUCCACAACUCCGAGGACGACUACCCGACCAUUUCUCUCUCAAAGCUUGUGAACGCCUACAAAGUCUGGGAGAUACAGGGCGGAAAUAGGCGUUCACUGUUUUCCGCUGGCGGCGCCCAGGGACCAGCCAACGACUUGUCACCUUCCGUUGUCCCUGACGAUGAAUGGAAUUUCAGCGCAACCGAGGAAAGCUUCGACUUCAACGAUGGGGAUGCUCAGGCUGUCUUUGAUGUCUACGGCCCGGACGUUGACCUUCCCGGCUGGCAAGAUCAACGACAAGAUCAGCGACAAGUCCGUCGACGUCGACCUCCCAACAUCAAAACGUUCAAGGUGCCCCUCGAGAAAGUAUUCGACCCGCACACCAUCUCCAACUAUAAUGACAAUGCUCGAGCUUUCUACGCCACGACCCUCCCAUCACCGAUUACGGAUCUUCCCCUACGGAACAACCCGGAGCAACCGACCAUCCGAGAAUCGCUGAUCGACCUUGACAUGUCGUUAGAUGGAGGCGAGUUGUCUCAGUUCGCUGACAUGGAUACGAUAAAACCGGGCGCGAGGUCAGCAACAGCCUUUGUCGAGGGCGUUGAUCGGCGGCGGACCCAGGAUUGGACAUUCCCGUCCAUGACACCUGCGACGGCAGCCCCUGAUAUCGCACCGCCCGAGCCCAGCUACAACCCCCAGCCCAUUGAGGUUGUACAGGAUCCAACGUCAGUCUAUCGGCAAUAUGAUCACGUAUCCGUAAACACUCAAGAUUUGGGUCGAAUGACACCGACAAGCGACAUUCAUCGUCUUUCGGUCGUGAGUCUGAUUGACCUCGAUGCGAGUCUUGCAAUCGACACGAUAGAUGCCAGCCGUCCAUCCACGGCGGGUUCGGACGCCGCAUCGACGAGCUCAGACCUGAAAACGCCAUUUGAUCUCGAGCGGCAUGCGGUCGACACCAAUUUCGCGCCAAGCACUAGGGAGCCGUCCGUCUACCUGAACGAGGAUCUUUACGAAUACCCAAGCUCUCCACCCAGAACCCACGACGGCCCUUCACCCCCAAACACGACAACCUUGGAUUUGGGCCCUAACCCCAGUCAGACACUUGAUCCCCUUUCCCAUCCGAUCCCUGAACCACCUUCCGCAUCUGUGAUGCUGGGUUACGCUUCACCGGAGGAAAUGAAGGACGAACUUCUGCGAAUGAUAGCGAGUUUUCACGAGCAGCUUCAGUUGACUGACCAGGUCCUGAGAACAAUGCCUGUCCAUUCCGAGGAACACUAG